CGGAGCCGGUGGGGAGGGGGAGCCUGCCGGGGGGCGAUCCGGGAUGGAGGGGGCGCUGCUGCAGCUCCUGGCCUGGAGCUCGCUGCUCUUCACGCUGGGCAUGUUCGGCACCGGGCUGACUGACCUCCGGAAAAUGUUUGCAACCCGAAGCGUGGAAAACAUCCAGUUUCUUCCCUUUCUGACGACUGAUGUGAACAACUUGAGUUGGCUAAGCUAUGGUUUCCUGAAGGGCGACUGGACGCUGAUCGUGGUUAACUCCGUGGGCGCGACGUUGCAAUCUCUGUACAUCCUGGUUUAUUUCUUCUUCAGCGCGGAAAAGCUUGGCGUCUUAAGGAAAACAACAGCCCUGCUGGCGGUCCUUCUCUUCGGCUACGCCUACUUUAGCCUGAUGGUCCCCGAUCCCACCACGCGCCUGGCCCAGCUGGGCCUCUUCUGCAGCCUCUUCACCAUCACCAUGUACCUCUCGCCGUUGGCAGAUCUGAUCAAGAUCGUGAAGAGCCGUUCCACCCGCUGUCUUUCCUUCCCUCUGACGGUCACCACUUUCCUGGCGUCGGCGAGCUGGACUUUCUACGGGCUCGUUCUGGAAGAUCUGUAUAUUGCGAUUCCCAACGUGCCGGGCAUCGCGACCAGCCUCGUCCGUUUCUGGCUUUUUUGGCGUUUUCCCGCCGAGCAGGACAAAAAUUACAAACUGUUGCAGGCCUGAAGACGGAGGGGGUGGGGGGCAAGAAGCGGAGGAGAUCCCACUCCUCAAAGCCAGCCGAGGAAGGAGAGAAAAACCCCAAAAAUCAGAAAACUCUGCAGAUGAUGGACUUGCCCGCCUCGCUUUGCACACAGCCUGCUCACCUGUCCAGCAGUGUGGUCCAUUUCCACCUCCAUGGACCAUUCUGGACAUUUUACAGCGGGGGGGGGCGUGAGAAAAACCCCCCCCCCUCGGUUGGAGCAAACAUCUGGAUCUAGAUGGACGGGAUUCCCACUCUGGACUCUUUAAAAGAGGUUUGCAGAUCCCACCAAGUCUGGGGAAUGUAAAGGGGCUUCUCCCCACCAGAUAUUUUUUGGGGGUGGCGGGGAGCAGCCCCCCCCCGCCCCGAAAGCUGUUGGAAAAACCAUUGAGUUUUGAAGAUGGGAGCUUCCAAAAUUUGCCAGUCUUUUCUCCCUCUUUCUUGAUUCUUUAUUCAGAUCUGCCAACGCGACCAGCUUGUAUACAACCGUUGCCUUAUCCGUCCACCAGAAAUGCCUUUUAUAUCUAUAUUUAUAUAUAUAGAGAAAAAGUUUUUAUAAACUCUUCCCCCCUUCCUCCUUCGCCACCGGCUCCUCUUUUCCAAUUUUUUUUUUUUUAAAUGGAUUCCAAAAAUUAAAAUCCAAAAAAGAGGGGGGGGGGAAAAAAAACCAGAGACAAAACAAGAGGAUUUUUUUUUUUAAAAAAAAAUGUGAAUUGAAAAGGACAAAAAUGCCUUUUUUAAAAAAAGAAAAAUAAAAAUUAUCCCACGUC